CGGCCGCCUUGUUGUCCCUUGAAGGACCCCUCACAGCUCCAACAUGGCGGCGUGCAUACGGGUGUGCUGUGCCCUCCGCUUCACAGUUUCAGCACCGCUCCGUACCUUCGGGGGAGCAGUCCAGGCAUCUCAGUUGGCGAGUCGAGCCUCAGGUGCUUCUCCUCUCCAAAGAAACCCUGCACUUCUUCCACUGUUCCCUGCAACGGCGUGGCAGCAGACCAGAAAUGGCAGCUUCUUCAACAAGUUGACGGCUGAGGAGUUGUGGAAAGGAGUGUUGGCGGAGACGGGUGCCGGAGCCAGGAAGGGACGAGGGAAGCGAACCAAGCGCAAACUGAAGAGGGACCUGAACCGAGGACAGAGCAUCGGUGAAGGUCGCGGUGGUUUUCUGUGGCCCGGUCUGAACGCUCCGGUGGUAAAGGAUGGGACUUUGCGGACCAUGAGUCGAAGAAAUGAGACUGAGCAGCAGGAGCUUCAGGCUGACCUAGUGCGUCAAAGGGACGAGUGGGAGAGGAAGAGGAAGAUGAAGGUGAAGAGGGAGAGAGGAUGGACGGGAAGAUCGUGGGGUGGCAUCAGCCUCGGGCCCCCUGACCCUGGACCCAACGGAGAAACCUACGAGGGCUUUGAUUCACGCGUCAUCGAGGUGAAGACUGUGUUCAACAUGACGGCCAAGGAAGGCAGGAAGAGGUCCAUCAGCUGCCUGGUCGCCGUGGGAAACGGCAACGGAGCCGCAGGCUUCGCGUUGGGUAAAGCAGCAGAAAGAAACACGGCUCUGAGAAAGGCCAAGAACAGAGCCAUCCACUACUUAUACUAUAUCGAACGGUACAACGACAGCACCAUUUAUCAUGACAUUGAAUCCAAGUUCAAGAGGACGACGCUCCGCAUGAAGAAACAAAACAAAGGUUAUGGUCUGCACUGCCACCGGGCGGUCAUCACUCUGUGCAAGCUAAUCGGCAUUAAGGACAUGUACUGCAAAGUGGAAGGAUCUGUCAAUCUGCUCAACAUUACCAGAGCCCUCUUCACUGGUUUAGCCACUCAGGAAACCCACCAGGCAUUGGCCGACAAGAAGCAGCUCCACGUUGUCGAGUUUCAGGCGCAACGAGGCCCCUUGCCCAUGGUGGUGGCGAGUCCCAAAGACGGUGCACAAACCGACCCAGAGCCCGAGGACGAGAUCCCCAACACUCGGCUGCACUGGAGCGACGUACAAGCCGCGCAGGGAACCAAACGCUCGAUCUGGGCAGGUGUCAAACGCACCAUCUGGUAGCGUGGGAGUGGGCCGAUGACUGGAUCAGACCACAAGACAGAUGAUUGGGCUGAUUGAGGCCGGGGAGUGUCAGACGGACUUUGAUAAGAAAGAUUUCUUCAAAUCUAGUGGAUUGUGAUCGUUUCAUCAACCGAGGACUAAAGUUACAUGUUUGUCAAACUGGAGAUGUCUCAGAUACACCCUGUAAAGGCCAAUAUUGAAAUAUUAAUGUCCAAGAUAUCGAUGUCCUUCUGCAUCUACUUCUUUAUCCAUGUGGAAUAACAGCAAAAUACAGUAUGUAAGAAAUAAAAGUGUGGAUUUGUAAAACCAC